GCCGAUUAUGCCGUGCCCAUACUGCAAGAGGAUCGAUGGGCGCCUCGUCCUACAUUAUCAGGCCUGGAGCUCGACCCUGAGAGACCUCCAGAGAAUGCUGAUGAGCCUGCGCUGGUGAUGACGGUGCAAACGAGCUUUAUGAGAGGUGGCUUGGUCUUGUGCGUCAACAUGCAACAUAACAUAUGGGACGUGAUGGGUCAAGCGGUAGUCGUGCAGUGGAAUUUCAAGGUUUGCUCAGGAAGCGAGUUGACCAGAGAGGAACUCAGGCUUGGCAACAUGAAAAGAAACGGACCGAUCAUCUUCUCGAUUAGGAGGACUGGAGUCAUGGCAAUGAGCUCAACGAUCAGCUGA